GAUUGUGCACUGAAGAAUUGGCAGAAGCCCAUACAAUGUAGUGCUGCUCCUCAACUAUAAGUUUACUAGGCCAAGUGGAAUAAACCGUUCAGGACGGUGCAUAAAAGUUUGUAUGCUUUUUUCACACAGAAAAAGAAACCGUUUCGUUAAAGCAAGCUAAUUACUUAGGAAAAACUUCACUAUCACUACAAAAGAAAGUAGCUGACUAGCUAGCGAGUGUGCUAAAUCAAAAUAUUUGCAUACAGGCUUUACUUUUUGACGGCUGAGUUGGACGAGAACCUUUGCUGGAGUUUCAGCUCUAGGUAAACGCCGGAGUUUGCGAGAUUGGUGAACAUUUGAAAGACUUUUGAAAUCGGAAAGCGACUGUGGGAAUGUCGUGUCGGAGUGGAGUGGCCCGGGUGGGUAACCAAGGACUGCAGCCCCUCCGAGCCACCGUCCCGUUUCAGCUCCAGAACCGAAUAGCACCGCGCUGCAAAGACACCAAAGCAGCUGAAUACAAGACGAAAGGUCGCCCGCCGAAGCCAACCUUGCGACGGACAUUGUCUCUGGACACUUUGGUGGGACCGUACCUUCAAGGCAACUGGCCUAGAGAACCAGAGGGUCAGCCGGUUACCUGUGUCAAUGACAAGGCCACACAGACUCCCAGUUCCUGGAUAGAGGAGACGCGGGGGCGGAGAGGGGGCGGCGGUCAUAAGCGCUCGGCAUCAUGGGGUAGUGCUGAACACCUCAGAGAGGUUGCUAAGCUUCGGCAGUCCUUACAGAAACGCUCCAGACAUGCACCUCCUGCCAUGGACUGUGACCACACACACCAACACGUUCACAACAGCCAAACACACACGCCUGGAAGUACACAGACCAUACCUCUUAUUCCACUGAGCCGAUUGGCCCCCAGACUGAGACGCAGUGUUGAAGGACUAAACCUGGAGCUGGAGGGAGUCUUUGUGUCUGAAACGGCAAAAGAACAGCACAAAAUUCUCGAGGUACCAGAUGGUCACAGAGCCCCCGUCCCAGCUCAGAGGUACAGCAGCGCUUCACAGAGCGACCCUUCUCCUGCCCAGCUGUCCCCCUCACACUCUCCCUGCACCAUCACAGACACCGAUAUGGUUAUGUGUGGGCCGCUCUGUCAGCCUUCCUCCCCUCCUCAAUGUAUUUCUGAGCCACCAUCUUCUUCUCCUCGUCCCAACAAGACAUACGUCUUUCAGAGAGAACCUCCAGAGGGCUGUGAGAGAGUACGUGUGUCUGAGGAGGCCAUCCUUCCCUGUCACGGAAAUGCUCCUCUUCAGCCUUCCUGUCCUGACCCCAACAAGGUGAACUUCACACCUCACGGUGGCUCCGCCUUCUGUCCUGUCAGUCUCCUCAAGCCCCUCCUCCCUUCUAUGGACCUGUUAUUUCGAGGCCUGUCUGUUUCACCCAUCACUGGCUGUUCGGCUCAGAGCGCCGCCCCCUGCCAGGCGCCGGGACAUGCUGUGGGCGGUUAUUUGAGCGGCACCCUCCCAGACCCUACCACCACCUCUCUGUGAACGGAGCACAUUCAUGACGGGGAAAAAGAAAAACUCCAGAUGGUGGUGCCUUUGUCCCAUCUCAUUAACAACUUACACAUCAAAGCAUCUCAAAGAGAAGACACUGCUCAUGCCAUCCGCUCGCUUACUGAUUUGUUUUGAUCGAGGGGGGAAAAAAAUCAUGAUGGAAGAACUUCAUCUAAAACUGUGGUGGGCUCUCUCCGAUGUGAUGAUUUUUUUCUUUUUGGGCGACCUUUUGACCUCAGGACACUCCACUAGGCACUUGCGAUCAUUUCGUUUCACAUUAUAGCAUUUACCUAUUGCUAUAUUAUCUAUGAUUUCUAUAAAACAAUACUGUUGCCUGUUCAUGAUCUGUGUAUGGAUGUAUUUUUAGCUCUGUCAGAAGAGAUCCUGAACAGAUUUUGUGUCAGACAAACAUUGGCCCACUCUGUGGUGAUUUUACACAGCUGUGGGUCAGAAACGUGUUUCUUAAUUCAGUAUUUACAGACACGGGUCUUUACUGCAACUUUCUUAGCAACACGAAAGAGGCAGUAAUAGACCAGAGAGCCAGUGUUUUUGAGGGCUUUUGAAUACUCUCAGUCUGUUUAGUAGUUCAAAACACAUGCAUUUAGACAUUAUUAAGUACAGCUCUGAACUGUAAGCGUUUGAUGAAUGUCACCAAAUGUUCAGCAAAGAGGUGUUACCCAUAAGCUUUUCAAAAUUGUCCCGUCAUAUUUCACUUCUAAUCAAAAGAGAGAAAAACAACUGUGCCAUAAUUGUAGGACCAGUAAGGGCAUAUUUCAUCGCUGUAUUAAAGUUUAAAAAAUAAAUAUUUGUAUAUGUAUGUAUAAAAUAGGUACUGAGAUAGAUUUGGUUAUUUUUAUAUUUUAUCUUUUGAGUUUGGGUUGAAAUAUGAUGGGCAUAUUUUCUUCUGUGAGAUUCGCCGAUCCGGAGAAACUGUGUUUACAGUUAUAAUGUAACGAGGGAAAGGGCACAGGCCGUUAUGACUUGUUUAUUUUGAGGUCUUCGCGCGUCGUGGGCUGCUGUCACUUAAAUUCGGUGUAAGAAAAGAAUACCGACGGGACCCCAUUAAGGGUUUAUUUUGCUACGCACUUGAUAAGUGUGCUGUAUGUUUUCCUGAAUUUCACUUCAGACUUGACUACUAAUCUUAUCCGCGGUGGUCAUAUUGUUCAGUUCGUUUGAGCACAGGCUGAUUCUACAAACACUUCACGUGAGACACAAGCAAGUGUGCUGCAUUCAGGUACAGUGUGUGUGCAUAUCUUAAAGAAUGACACUUCCAGCAAAUUAUUGUUUGCUGUCGUUUAAAGCACUGUCAUUAUCCCGUAUAUUUGCAUGGGUAGUGUCUCAGUCUUGGCAUCAUCCAUAGUUUUUUUUUACGUUCUGAUUUGUUACCUUGUUCUGUAAGGGUGCUGUUUUAUUGAAAUUGUUCUCAGAUUGUUUGUCUUGAGUACAAUUAUUGUACACCAAACCUGUUUUGUCUUCUAUAUUGUAAAUGUAUGUUUUUCAAUUUUGGCUGCCAUAAAUGAGAAGUGCUGAGAUA